CUCUAUCUGCAGCGAGUCUCCGGUAUGGACACAGGCUUCACGGCAGAACUUUUCACAGGAGAUUUUAUCGCUGUUGUUUUCCAUCUGACACGGCUCGUAUCACUCGGAGAUGGAUUUCUGAACGGAAUAAGCCGAAGCUGAGCCCGACUCUAGUUAAAUCUCCCAUUUGAAAUCGUUUUUUGUGUGUUGUUUGAGUUGUUAAAGGAAGAGGGGAAAAUGCCAGUUGCAACUCUUCUGCCUUUUACCGCGACCCCGAAUAGGAAGUCUGCCAGCCCGACUUCUUUCAGGUUGACAGAGAAAUUUAUUUUGUUAUUAGUGUUCAGCGCUUUUAUAACCCUGUGUUUCGGGGCAAUUUUCUUCCUUCCGGACUCCUCCAAGCUGCUCAGCGGAGUUUUCUUUCAUUCCUCCGCGGUCGAAACGAACACCCACACCGGUCCGGACAGCAGCGACGCGGGUUCGGCUGGAAACGACGACAGGCUCCUGGCAAAAAUCAAGAAGGACCACGAAAAGGCUCUGUUAGAGGCUAAGGAUACUCUACAAAAACUUCCCGACGUGAUACAAAAUGACAUUCUAGCUGAUAAAGCGAAAGUUACAAAGGAGAGCAUGGGUAAAGGUGGGAAGGAUGGCAAUAAUUUACCUUUCAUAGAGUACCACCGCCCGCCAGGGGCGACGGGACUAGAACCCCAGGACCCAGAAACCAGGGAGAGACGGGCUAAAAUCAAGGAGAUGAUGAAGCAUGCGUGGGACAGCUACAAGCGGUACGCCUGGGGUUCCAAUGAGCUCAGGCCCGUCUCCAAGCACGGCCACUCCAGCAAUCUAUUUGGAAGUAUAAAAGGAGCGACAAUAGUGGAUGCUUUGGAUACCCUCUACAUCAUGGAGAUGUUUGAAGAGUUUGAUGCUGCUACUGACUGGGUGGAAAAGAGCCUUGACUUCAACGUGAAUGCAGAAGUGUCGGUGUUUGAGGUGAACAUCAGAUUUGUUGGAGGUCUGCUGUCCGCCUACUACUUGUCUGGAAAAGAGGUGUUUCGCAGAAAGGCAGUGGAGUUGGGCGAGAAGCUGCUGCCUGCAUUCAAAACGCCCACCGGCAUCCCCUGGGCUCUGCUUAACCUCAAGAGUGGUAUCGGUAGGAACUGGCCAUGGGCAUCGGGUGGUAGCAGCAUCCUGGCAGAGUAUGGCACCCUGCAUCUGGAGUUUAUGCACCUCAGCAGACUCUCAGGAAAUCCAGAGUUUGCUCAGAAGGUAAUGAACAUCCGUAAAGUACUCAAUCGCCUGGAAAAACCUCAGGGACUGUACCCCAACUACCUGAAUCCCAACAGUGGACAGUGGGGCCAACAUCACGUGUCCGUGGGUGGCCUGGGUGACAGUUUCUAUGAGUACCUGCUCAAGGCCUGGCUGAUGUCUGACAAGACUGAUGAGGAAGGCAAGAAGAUGUACUACGAUGCCCUGCAGGCAAUAGAAACCAACCUGAUGAGGAAGUCCACCAAUGGGCUGACCUACAUAGCGGAGUGGAAGGGGGGGCUUCUGGAGCAUAAGAUGGGUCACCUGACCUGUUUUGCAGGCGGCAUGAUCGCUCUGGGUGCUGAUGGGGCGCCCGGUGACAAGACGGGCCACCAGAUGGAGCAGGCAGCAGAGAUCGCUCGCACCUGUCACGAGUCUUAUGCCAGGACAACUUUGAAACUCGGACCAGAGGCAUUCCGUUUCGAUGGCGGCGUUGAAGCCAUCGCCACCCGCCAGAACGAGAAGUAUUUCAUCCUCCGUCCUGAGGUCAUUGAGACCUACAUGUACAUGUGGAGGUUUACCCAUGACCCCAAAUACAGAGAGUGGGGCUGGGAGGCUGUACAGGCCUUGGAGCAGCACUGUAGAGUUGAAGGAGGUUACAGCGGCGUCAGAGAUGUCUACGCUUUAUCUCCAAACUACGACGACGUGCAGCAGAGCUUCUACUUGGCCGAGACGCUCAAGUAUCUCUACCUCCUCUUCUCUGAGGAUGACCACCUACCAUUCGAACACUGGGUCUUCAAUACCGAGGCUCACCCCCUGCCCGUCAUAAGGAAGGAUAAAACGGACAGACCCAACGAAGUGGAGUAACGGACCUGCCUGCACCGAUGCCCAGAAACGUGUGAGAACCUCGAUCCUGUAUACUGAGCCUCCAGCUGUCUGAAACUGUUGAGCCGCUUGGAGCCCUGAGUGGUUACAGAUCAGACUUCACUUGAUAUUGUUGAUGGGCUCAAAACUGAACCCACUUGUGCUGGAGCCGGGUUCUCGGUGGAGACUCCAGGGGUUUUUUUUGUUUUGUUUUCUUUCACUUGAUUUUUUUUUCUUCUUCUCUGGUUGAGUCCAAAGGCUGACCCAAAGCAACAUAUGUACUGCUGAAUAACAUGAUAGCUCAUCAAAAUGUAGACAUAAUAAUUUGAAUCAAGAUCUAAAGAAAAAAAAAAGGCUGUUUAUUUCACAACUCGGUUUGACUUCCUUCACUUUUCUGUUCAUUUGGAGGGACAGUGUGACCAGCUAUCACUUUAUUCAUCAGUGUAAUUGUUGCUAGUAGCCAUUUUUGAUGAGGAGGAGGACGCUGACAGUCAUUCACCACUGAUAUGAACUACCAUGGAGCCCGAGUGUUUGGGCACCACACCAAGGAAAAGCUCCCCACUGAGGAUCACAAGGCUGGCUGGCCGCAUGAACGGACGCUCAAUUCCCUUCACAUGUGUCGUCUUUUACCUGCUGCUCUACCACAGCAACAUCUGAAUAGGAACUAGGAACCGGUCUUUCCUGCACCGACUUGAGUGUUUCAUAGUGUCGUCAGAGAACCGCUGGUUUUCUUAAAAGAAAAUAGAAAAAAAGGAAAGACGCAGCACAACCCGAGCCUCUUUUUAUAAACCUAACCGACUCUGCUUCCUCCUUCCAUUCUCUUGAGUUGGAUGUGACAAAUGACGACCAGCCGCACCAGCUCAUUACCUGCCAGUAACUCCACUUUCUCCCCACGAUGUUUACACAAAGCCAUCCUCCUCCUCCUCUGUAUUCUUCUUCUGCUUUUCAUCUGCAUCUUUGACCCGCUUUUAGAUCUCUUUCUCCUUCUCAUAUGUGCUCUGGGGGUUCGACCGGCACAGGGGUUUUAAAAACGGAAUCUGAAUUCGUUCGACAGUUUUUCUCCAUUUACUGAAAAAUAAAAGAAAAUUUUUUUCUUUCUUCCUUUUUGGAAAGGAACAAAAUUCACAGCCUAUGAUUACAGGCUUUUAAACACUGAAAAGAGCAUGAACCAAAAGAAAAAAAGGAACAUUUGCCUCAGUCUGAUGGAGCGUUCAACCACUUUUCACAGUCUUACUCCAAAGAUGAUGUCUGCACAGCUGUAAUGGAGCAUGGAGAUUAGUUGGAGUGCGGAUGAAAGCUGUAGAAAGAAUUAGGUACUGAUUAGGUCCUGACAUUCAACAGAAAUCUUCUGAAAAUGCUAAUAUCCUCACAAUUGACCAUGUGUAUGCAUUAAAAAUUUAGCUUCCAGGCUCUCUACAAGAGGAAACUGAUUUAUUACAGUCCUCUGUAAUCCUUGUGCAUCAGUCGAGCCCUCGUCCUCUUCUUCACCGCGGUGUUGCUUCUUCUUGUUUCCGUCCUCCAGGUCCGCGUAGGGCAGCCUGUAGGAUCUUCCCUCCUCUGUGAGGAGACGCCGUCGCUCGACUCUUCUAUAACUAUCCACCUUCACACACACACAAGAAGCCAUACUACUGCAACGCAGCUUCACCGUGCUGUCGUUAACGGGUUUUUUUGUUUUGUUUUUUUUCAUCCUCCACUCAUACGUAGAGUUUGUGACCGUGUUUGCUGCUUUUGUAUCUUCAGAGUCGCGCUCGCCUGGUCAUUUUAGUUUAAUUUCACGGUGAAGACUUCUCCCGAUGCCACACAGGAACCAGAUUUAAUCCAGUUUAGUCUUCGAUCUAGUGCCUUCGCUGUAGAGAAGGAGGGAGAAAGCAGCUCACGCAAACACAAAAAGCAGUUUCAAAGCAGUAUUGCAGCUUUAACUAAGAGCUCCCAUUGCUCUGAUGAGGAUUAUAAUAAAACUAGACACGGAUUAAAGGAUGAUAACUGCUUUUUAAUUUGACGUUUGGACUAAGUUGGGCUUGAUAAAUGGCUCAAGAGUUGGUAGGAACUUGGGCUUUGUUGUGCUAAGAGGGAGAUCAGAACACCAAAGUCCUGAGUUAAGAAUUGAAAUUGAAAAUAAGUCCUAUGCGCUUUACUUUUUCCAUCUCCAGAGUCUGCGUCUCUGUUGGGAAUCGCUGUCUAAUCAUUUGAGACCUGUGCAGGGCUCAGUCAACACAUAUUUGUUUGGCUAUACUGACAUCUAGUGGUAAGAGCUUAUUUAGCAUAUUACAGUCUGAAUAACCGCAGUCUGAUAAGUCAACAGCUAUUUCUAUGUCCGUAAAAGUAUUUUCAGCUCAACAAACAAAGAAAGGGAAAACAUGCACUGUUGUACUUUGAGCCUUUAGAUUGAAUAUUCGAUGGAGCGAGGGCGUAGCUCAUACAACUGCACAUUCAGUUCUGCUUAUCCUCCAAAUGAGCUUUAAACUGACAGAUGGUGAGUCUUUAGAAAGUUCAGUCAACAACAGGAUCACUGCUGAGCUGAUUUAUUUGUGCUGGCUGAGCGACGCUGGUGAAGGUUAUUUUUCUCAGCAGGUUAAAGAACAUUUGCCCCAGGUGUCUCAGAGCAGGUAAAUCAGUCUGUAAGGGUUUCAGAAUCAGUGCUUCCUGUUUUUGUUUUUUUUCUUGUUUCAUCAUCAGUUCUGCAUCUUCCAGCUUACCUGCAGUGUUGUUUUAUCCAUCUAGAUUUUUUUUGGUGCAAGUCCUCCAGUUUUGUAGAACAUACAGUCAAGAGGAAAACAUCAUGGGUUUAUGUGCACUUCUUCCAGCACGUUUAAUGGGCACAGAUUGAUGGAAAGGAAAUACAUGAAACCGCUCAGAAGAAUGUUUGUAGAGUUUUGUGGAUUCGUAAAAGGUUUAUCCCCAAAAGUUGAUUCUGUUCAUCUGGACGUAGCGUUUUCAGUGGGGGAAACGUUUCGUC